AUGGAGGAGGCGGUGGUGAAGCAGGGAGAGAUUUACCUGCAGCUCCAGCAAACCUUCGGGAAGAAAUGGAAGAAGUUCUGGGCCGUGCUGUACCGGGAGAGCUCCUGCUCCACGGCGCGCCUGGAGCUGCAGGAGGGCGCGGAGCGGCCGCGCAGGGCCGAGGGCGGCCGGCGCCUGGUCCGGCUCAGCGACUGCGUCCACGUGGCCGAGGCGCUCGGCGACGCCGCGGCCUGUCCCCGGGACACCGUCCCCUUCCUGCUGGAGACCACGGAGCGCCGCUUCCUGCUGGCCGCCGCCGCCGCCGAGGCGGCCGAAUGGAUCCGGCGGCUGUGCGAGCUGGCGUUCCCGAGGAGCCGGGAGGAGCCGGGAGCGGCCAAGGAGAGCACCACGAGGGAGCGCGAGAUCUCCAUGGAGGAAAAUUCCCUGUACAGCUCUCAGGGCAGAGCCGGCCCGGAGCAGGCGUUCGAGGUGACGGUGCGGGCGACGCCGUCGUCGCAGCGCUGCCGCCUGCGCGGCCGCUGCGUCCUCCUGGCGGGCUCGGAGGCCCUGGAGCUGCGGCACCCGCAGAGCCAGGAGCUGCUGCUGCGCUGGCCCUACCGCUUCCUGCGCCGCUUCGGCCGCGACAAGGUGACCUUCUCCUUCGAGGCCGGCCGGCGCUGCGCGUCCGGAGAGGGAAACUUCGAGUUCGACACCAGGCAAGGCAACGAGAUCUUCCAGGCCAUCGAGGCGGCCAUCGAGGCGCAGCGAGGCCGCGGGGCCCGGGGGCCGGAGCCCGCGGGCGUCCCCGGCGAGGGCAAAGGGCCCGAGGCCAAGCCGGCGACGGCCCCCGGGGCCGGGGAGCCCUCGGGGCCGCCGCGGGGCGCGGAUUUUCCCUACGCCGAGCCCCGCGAUUCCCUGCGCCGCGGGAACGCGCCCGAGCGGGGCCGGAGGCCGGAGGGCGCCGAGGUGGAGUGCGAGUACGCCGUCCCCUUCGACGCCAUCGCCAAGUCCUUCCCGGGCCGGCAGCCGGGCUGUCCCCAGGAGGGGCUCCCCGAGCCGCCGAGCGUCCCCGGGGAUGCCGGAGCGGGUCAGCGGCCCCCCGGCCGCCCCACGGCGCCCAAACCCGAGCACAUCUACGACGAGCCCGAGGGUCUCUCGGCGCUGUCGCUGUACGACGAGCCCGAGGAGGUGAAGGGGGAGGCGUGGAGGCUGCAGGCCGCCCCCGAGGAGCCCCCCGGGCUCGGGUGUCCCUACGACGCCCAGCGCGACGACUACGCCGUCCCCAAAAGGCGCUUCCUGCUGCAGGGCAAGGAGUGGCUGGGCCGCUGCGACUACGACAACGUGGCCCUGAAGGUGGCCAAGAAGAGGAACCUGCAGUGAGCGGGGGGAGAGGAGGAGACCCCCAAAUCCCCCGGAUGGAUUUUACU